AAUUUUGGACACUACCAGGUUGCCGUUUAGCGCCGUCAAGGGGUUUUUCGGCCUACUUCCAGGCUUACCACACAGACUUGUAGGAACGUGACUCCACAGGGUUGAGGAGACGCCAACUCGGCUCCACCUCCAGAAAUUCAGAGGCGGCCUCACAACGGCCAGCUUUUACAUCCCAUUAAUUUUCCGCUCGGCUUCGGCGUCCAUCAUAUAACAAGAUCGAGUGACUUGCUUGGGGCGUGAGGAUUUGGAGGCUAAUUUUGAAAAAGCGAGCGCCGUUUGCUCAACCCUGCCACCCGAAGCCAGAAACUGGACGUUAAAUAGAGCCCGUAAUUCGCGCUCCCGUGACCGAGCAUCUUUCCGCCGGUCUUUCUGCAUUUGUGGGAUCGAGUUAAAAGUCUACGGGGCCUCGUUUUGGAACCGUCACGGCCACACCGUUUUUAAGCAGAAUAAAAAACGUGAUGGUGAACAUUUUCCGUGGUGGAACCAAUCUGGAACUUGUGAAAAACAAAAACACAACACCACACAUUGCUGUUUUUCUCCCCCCUUCCUUUGUAUCUUUCCUUUGUGGACUUUCCUUCCAGGUUUUCCCCCGGCCGUCUCUGCUAAAGAAGCAGCCGACGCUUCUAGUGGUGUGCGGCUGUGAACAGAACGGGGCCAUCGGCCUGGUGUGCGCCCGGCAUCUACGUGUGUUCGAAUAUGAACCAACCAUUUUCUACCCCAAGAGGUCUUCAAAUCCCCUUUAUCGCGAUUUUACCACGCAGUGCGAGAAAAUGGACAUCCCCUUUCUGUCCUAUUUGCCAACGGAGGUUCAGUUAAUCAGUGACGCAUACAACCUUGUGGUGGACGCCAUCCUUGGUGUGGAGGCCAGUCUGGGCGAACUGCUGGAACCGUACUGCACCAUCUUGGCCACCCUCAAGCAAAUCCAGGUCCCUCUGAUCAGCUUAGACGUCCCAUCUGGAUGGGACGCCGAGACCGGCAGCAGCGACGGGAUCAGCCCGGACGUCUUGGUCUCCUUGGCCGCCCCCAAGCAGUGCGCCACCCGAUUCAUGGGCAAGCAUCACCUGGUGGCAGGGCGCUUCCUUCCUUAUGACAUCCAGAAGAAGUUUGAACUCAAUAUGCCAGAAUACCCUGGCACAGAAUGCGUCAUUUCGCUUUAAAGGGGGGAGGGAGUGGAGAGCAAUCUGUCAAGCCCACCCCAUCCGUGUCUCCCUGAUUUCAAAUAGCAAGACUGGCCAUUUACAGUGGGACCCCCGUAUCUGCAGGAUCAUUAUCUGCUGAUUCACUUAUCUGCAGUCUGGAAAAUAUUAAAAAUCUGUGGAACGGGGGUGGGGGUGGGGAUUUGAAACAAAUCCCUGCGGAUAGGGAGGUCCUUCAUGACAAGCCAUCUUUCCCUCCUGCCGUAAGAAAAAGGGUAUUAAUUAACAAAAUCCCUUCUCUCGUGGAAUGUAAAUACCGUAGCUGAAGGCUGUGAUUGUGUUUCCUGUGUUAUUUUAAAAGGGUAGAUUUGGAGAGGCAGGCGGGCUGGGGGAAAACUCGCUCGCCCUCUUUUCAGGGGGUCCUGAAACUGGUACCUAACAAAGUACCGUAUUUUCCAUGUAUAAGACGCCUUCAUGUAUAAGACCCCCCCCACACACUUUUCUA